AUGGCUUUAACAGCGUCAAAUACUCUUGAAUUCAAAUGGACUUCUCCAAGAAGCUCUCGGAGCUCAUACAGAACAGACAUCGAUCAGAAGAUUUCUAUAGACAUGAGCAAUACUUAUUGCGAUCAGGUUCUUGGUCCUCUAUAUUCAUAUAUGAUGAUCCUUGGUCUAAAUCAUACGCAUAGUAGCGCUAGACAAACCGCAUGGAAAUGGCCGCUGACAAUCUACAAUUACGUCACACUGAUGUUGCUAACGGCCGCAACAAUCCGUCGAAUCUUGCAAAUCAAACAAAAAGCUGAAGGCGCCGAACACGACGCUGCCUUCCAUGUUUUGAACCCUACAUUUGUGCUCACAUUGUGUCAUGCUCUAUUAAUGUUUAGCGGUCUUGCAGCUUCAUACCUAUUACUUGAGCUUCAAAAAGACAGAAAGAAGAUGUAUCAUGUUCUCGAUCAAGGUCUCGGAAGAAAUCGUGACGAAAAGCAUGACAAAAAACAUUUCAAUUUGAACAAAUUAUUCAUUUCCAUUAGUUUUUUAUUUGCCUCUGCUUUAUCAGCAAUUCAAGUUUGUACAAAAUUGAAAUACAUUGAUCUACCAGACACGCCAGAUCUCAUUAACAAAACUCUACCAUUCAUAAUACUUGAGUGCUACAUUAUAUUUAUCGCAUCCAGUUCAAUUUCCCUUCUCGCGAUAUUGUUCUUUCAACUCUGCCGAAUAUUGCAAUUCUCAAUUGGAAAACUAAUUGAAGAAAUGGUUCCGAAAGUAAAAGAAGAAUGUCCAUUACCGGAACAGAGUUUGCAACAAAUCCACGACGUUCAAAUUCAUUAUCAAGAAAUCUCGAACGCUAAAUUAUAUAUCGAAACCAAAUUCUCAUUCCCACUUUUCUACUCAUACGGCUGCUGCAUACCGCUAACAUGUCUUCUUGGAUACAUCGCAUUUCGUAAUGGAUUGCAGGCUGAUAUGGCAGAAACUUUUUCGGUAAUGAUAUGGCUUAUCAAUACAAUGCUUGCUUUGAUGUUGUUCAGCGUCCCGGCUUUUAUGAUACAUGAAGAAGGUGAUAAACUUCUUACAGCAUCCUUUAAAAUGUAUUACGAAACUCUCUGUGAAGAGAGAGAUUUAUUGGUCUUGUCUCAAAUGAGCUUCCUAUCAUUUCAAAUGCAUGCUACAAAACUCACCCUUUCUGCCGGACAUUUCUUCCUGAUGAAUCGUAAAAUUUUGAUUAGUCUGUUCUCUGCAAUAUUCACCUACUUUCUAAUUCUUGUGCAACUCGACACGGAGAAAGAAAGGGCGAGGGGCUGUCAGAAUCAGUCAAAUAUUUUGAUAGUUCAACCACCAAAAUGA